AUGGCGAUCGAUUGCCUAGUACUCGGUGCUGGGCAAGAGAUAGGAAAGAGCUGCGUGGUGGUGACGAUAAAUGGUAAAAGGAUAAUGUUCGAUUGCGGGAUGCACAUGGGAUGCGAUGAUCACAAUCGAUACCCAGAUUUUUCUCUGCUCUCCAAAUCCGGUGAUUUUGAUAACGCGCUUUCUUGUGUCAUCAUCACUCACUUCCAUAUGGAUCAUGUUGGAGCGCUUCCUUACUUCACGGAGGUCUGUGGGUACAAUGGCCCGGUUUACAUGUCGUACCCAACGAAGGCGUUGUCUCCAUUAAUGCUUGAGGACUACCGGAGAGUGAUGGUGGAUAGAAGAGGAGAGGAAGAGUUAUUCACCACUGCCCAUAUUGCAAACUGCAUGAAUAAAGUAAUCGCAGUGGAUUUGAAGCAAACAAUUCAAGUUGAUGAAGAUCUGCAGAUACGGGCCUAUUACGCUGGGCAUGUCCUUGGAGCAGUGAUGGUAUACGCAAAGGUGGGAGAUGCAGCGAUUGUGUACACAGGAGAUUACAAUAUGACUACAGAUAGACAUCUGGGAGCUGCUAAAAUCGACAGGCUUCAGUUGGAUCUUCUCAUUUCAGAGUCCACUUAUGCAACGACCAUUCGCGGCUCUAAAUAUCCCCGGGAGAGAGAGUUUCUUCAAGCUGUUCAUAAAUGUGUUGCUGGCGGAGGGAAAGCACUCAUUCCUUCAUUUGCUCUUGGAAGGGCUCAGGAACUUUGCAUGUUGCUUGAUGAUUACUGGGAGCGCAUGAACAUAAAAGUUCCGAUUUACUUCUCAUCAGGUUUGACCAUCCAAGCAAAUAUGUAUUACAAAAUGCUCAUCAGCUGGACAAGCCAGAACGUUAAAGAAAAGCACGCUACACAUAACCCAUUUGAUUUUAAGAAUGUUAAAGAUUUCGACCGAUCUCUUAUACAUGCUCCUGGGCCAUGUGUCCUCUUUGCCACACCCGGUAUGCUUUGCGCCGGCUUCUCACUCGAAGUGUUCAAGCACUGGGCUCCUUCUCCCCUUAAUCUCGUUGCCUUGCCCGGAUACUCGGUUGCUGGCACCGUCGGGCACAAACUUAUGUCAGGUAAACCCACAACAGUUGAUCUCUAUAAUGGCACCAAGGUUGAUGUCCGUUGCAAGAUACACCAAGUGGCUUUCAGUCCUCACACAGAUGCAAAAGGAAUAAUGGAUCUCACUAAGUUUCUCUCCCCGAAAAACGUUGUACUAGUGCACGGAGAAAAACCCAGCAUGAUGUCUCUCAAGGAGAAGAUAACCUCAGAGCUUGACAUCCCCUGUUUCGUCCCUGCAAAUGGGGAAACAGUUUCAGUCUCUUCCACCACUUUUGUAAAAGCAAACGCUUCUGAUAUGUUCCUCAAAAGCUGCUCCAGCCCAAAUUUCAGAUUCUCAAGCUCCUCUACUCAGCUCCGUGUCACGGACCAGAGAACCUCAGACGGGGUUUUGGUGAUAGAGAAGAGCAAGAAGGCAAAGAUUGUUCACCAAGAUGAAGUCUCUGACGUGUUACAUGAGAAAAACCAUGUGGUCUCUUUGGCCUAUUGUUGUCCAGUUAAAGCUAAGGGAGGAUCAGAUGAUGUUGGUCUGAUCAAACAGCUCUCGGAAAAGAUCUCGGAGACAAUGUCUGAUGCUGAGCUCCAUGAAUCUGGCAACUGUUUGCAGGUAGGAUCUUUUAAGGGUACUCUGUGUGUUUUAGAGAAUUGUGUGAACAGAAGAGGUAGUUGUGGUGAAGCAGCUUCGUACUUGUGUUGCAACUGGUCUGCUGCAGAUUUAGAGCUUGGUUGGGAAAUCAUCAAUCUUCUGAAACAGAAUCUGUGA